UGAAAAACAAAACGGCAAUGAGAUCAYAACAUWAAGAUGAAUCUCGUUCAAUCUUACGUCUUUGUACAUUUUAUCGUCUUCCACGUCGCAUUUGGUAAACUGACGCUYAAAAUAGGAGGGAUAUUUUCCGCGGUAAAUUACAGCCUCGACGAAAGAGUGUUCAGAUUCGCUAUUGAAUCUGUAAACCGACAGAAAAUUGCCCCGGGAGUUAAAUUUGUGCCAGUUAUUGCGAGAGCUGAUGUGUCGAGUUCUUACGAUAAUCUCAAGCAAGCGAAUUAUUUAGUGUCUCAAGGUGUUAUAGCAGUGGUUGGCCCAAGAGCUUCAACAGCUGUCAAAUGUUCUCAAGGCGUCUUCAAGCAAUUCCAUAUUCCCCAAAUCGCUCCAACCGCUAGCGAUCCAACUUUCGUUUACUCCAACCACAGAUAUCCCUUUUUACUGCGCAUGACAUCAAGCGCAUCYACGCAGGACAACUUGCUUGUGCAGUUUGUGAAGAAGUACAACUGGGAGAGAAUGGGCAUUCUGACGUCACGAUUUGAUUAUGGCAUGAAUGGUCUGACGGAUUUCAAAGAGUGGGCCGCGACUUCUGGAUGGACGAUCUUAGCGGACGAACAUUUCAUGGUCUCUCCUAACACAAACAAAGUCAACGCUACGAAAGAACUACUGCGCCUGCGUGAGCGAGGGACGAGGGUKGUUAUUCUGAAUUGUGAAUCACAAUUUGUAUCUUCCAUCUUASAACAAGCWUCCAAACUUGACAUGAUAAGCGAUUGGGUUUGGAUACUGACAGACGGAGCAAUAGCAGAGGAUGACGAAAAAGUCAAGUACAUCGAGGGUCUUAUCGGAGUUCGUUUUCCUAAAGAUGGCUAUGGCAAGUUAUACAGGAAAGUUAACGAGGAAUGGAAGGCCUCGGGAGAGUCUGGUUUGAUUCAGUCACGCGCCGGAAGAGUGUACGAUUCUGUUCUCACCAUAGCUUACGGCGUUAAGGAUAUGAUUCGAGCCAACAUCACAAUCUCACCUCCAAGAACAAAUGGUGGAAUGUGUCAGAGUAAUGAUAGUCCUCCUUGGCGACAGGGAAGCAGAUUCUUUAAGAUGCUUAAAGGAGUUAAUGCAGAUGGUGUCAUGAGCAAGCUGUGGUUUUCAAAACGAGUUGGUUCUCCUCUAGACGUUAUUUCAGAUAUCGUCAAUUACCAAGAGGAAGAAGGAUGGGUCAAGGUUGGUAGUGGAGAUCGAUGGAAACUGACGAUGGAGAAAAAACGACCAAUAGUCUGGUUACAUGGCGGACUCGAGGCACCGAAACUUGCAAGUCUUGCUCUCAAGUAUAAAAAACUGAAAGUCCUAGUGUUUGAGAGUCACCCGUUUGUCAUGACUAAGAGGAGUGCGGUUGGAGGUGAUAUAGGCUACGAAGGAUUUUGCAUUGAUUUGCUUAACGAAUUGAAGAAAAAACUGCAGUUUGAAUAUGAAAUCAGAAAGAGAGAGUCCCUUGGACAGAAACGAGUGGACGGAACAUGGGACGGGAUAAUUGGAGACUUAACAAGACAGGUAUAG